CUUCAGUCACGUCUGACGGCAUGUUACGCUUCACGCGUCUUUAAAACCUGGAUCCACACGUGUCAGUCUGAGGAGUGACGCUCAUUUCAUAUGUGUGAAUCCAACCUGUCGCUGUCAUUUCGGGCCGGUGAGCAGAGGUGAGGUGAGCGCAGCCGCUGCGCUUUCCUUACCACUUUCUACCAUCGUCCUCAAAGCAAUCAAAGAUUUGAAUGAACUCAUGAAGACCUAUGAGCAACUAUGAAGACCACCAGAAAAUGCCGCGCUCUGCUCUCUGUGGGUUUAAAUCUGUUAGCUCUAUUAUUCUCAACGACGGCGUUCAUCACGACCUACUGGUGCGAAGGAACUCAGAGGGUCCCCAAACCCAACUGCAGUAAGGAAAGACGGCAUAAUUGUAUUGACUAUGGGGUGAACGAGACAGACCCGAGCAAAGUUCACUAUAGCUGGGAAACGGGUGACGACCGUUUUCUGUUUCGGCAUUUUCACACUGGGAUCUGGUACUCGUGUGAGGAGAAUAUCCACGGAGAAGGUGAGAAAUGCAGGAGUUUUAUUGAUCUGGCUCCAGCGUCGGAGAGAGGUGUCCUUUGGCUGUCAGUUGUGUCUGAGGUGCUAUACAUCAUGUUGCUGGUCGUUGGCUUCAGUCUGAUGUGCUUGGAGCUUUUUCACUCCAGUAAUGUGAUUGAUGGACUUAAACUGAACGCCUUCGCUGCAGUCUUCACUGUGCUGUCAGGUCUCCUGGGGAUGGUGGCUCACAUGAUGUACACACAGGUCUUCCAGAUCACAGUCAGUUUGGGUCCAGAGGACUGGAGACCUCACACAUGGGACUACAGCUGGUCUUUCUGUAUGGCCUGGGGCUCCUUCACGUGCUGCAUGGCUGCGUCCGUCACCACUCUCAACUCCUACACAAAGACGGUGAUUGAGUUCCGACACAAACGGAAGCUCUUUGAGCAAGGCCUGCGAGAGGAGCAAACCUUUCUGGACCCGGAAGCCUUCCAUUACUUUCGUAACAGGUCUGUCCAGUCCAUCUCCAGCUCAAUAGACGUUUACCCAAGCCACGGGAGCAGUCAUGGAAGCAGUCAUAGGAAAAUGCGGUCCCCACCGGCUCCGAUGGAGAAGGGAGACAACACAGAUUCUCUGGGAGAGGAGCAGUGCUGAAUGGAGGUACAUCCAGUUCUGCACAGGUGGCCUUGCUCUGACUGGAGAGACUCUUGGGUGGAUAUCUCGAAACACGGGGAUUCGGGGGUUAAAAAUUUUGAUUUGAAUUGUUUUAAUAAAUGAGGGUGAGGAUAGGUGAUCGAGUGAUAUGGGUUUUUUUAAUGCACAAUACUGACACAAUAUCUAAAGAGCAGCAUGGAUAUAUACAUAAAACAAUGUAUUGUUCAUAAAAUGACACACAAAAUUGAUUCUCUUAAAAUUAUCUUAUUUUCCACAAUAUUUAAAAAAAUAUAUAUAUAUAUAUUUUAUCCAUUUUCAAAGUUGUUGGUAUAUUUUACAAGUGUUACAUGAGCGAACAGACUGAUCACACAGUGAAUUCAGCAAUAUCUGCUGAAGUCUGUGCUUUCUGAAAUUCGCAAACCACUGCCCCCAGUUGUUGUUGAGGUGAAAUAUCCACAGGUAAAACAGUGUAGUGCCAAAAGUUGUAUUCUUAGUUGUAAAUUAAGUUAUGCAUCCAAAAGGAAUGCAUAUUUCAUUACCCUAAUCCCUAAAGCCCACUAUACACUGUUGGAUGUUUACAGUCCUUUAAGAUUGUUGCUUGUCAGACUGUACAAUAUGAAAGCACUGAGAUCGCCAUAGCACACUGUGCGACAUUAUGUCAGACUGUGGUCCCAAUCGUUCCGAUCACUGAAUGUUAGCAUUGCAUAAUAGAAGCGAAACAGAAAGAUUUGCCAAAAUUUGUAUUCUUAGUUGUAGUUUUUUUUCCAUCUUUUUUUUUUUCUGAAAGUCAAGGCAUCAGCAUUUCCGUUGCUCCAAUACCACUCCAUCACUAGCAUAAAAUAUAAAAAUAUGAAUUUUGUCAAAUAGGCCUUUAAUAAGACAUCCUGAUCACAAAUACAGAAAAUUACAGAUGUUGAGAAUGAGUGGGGGAGGUAGCCUACAAAAAAGUUUUGUUAUAGUAUGUUUUUCUCCUCUUUUAGAUUAGUAACCAAUAGGCCAUGCAAAAUGUAGAAAAUUCAUGUAGGCUAAUAAUGUAUUGCGUUUGCAAAUUCCCUAUAGAUAAUGCACAAACAUGACAGAUUUCUAUAAUUGUAUCCAACUGUAUCUGCUAAUUUGGAUUAAAAUGUCCCAUAAAUUCUUACCAAUAUAAAAAUGUUUUUUUUUAUUUUUUUUUUUUAUGAAAUUGGAGUGGUGUGAAUCUUAACUAAAGAAGUUUACAGACAUUUAAGUAAAUUGAUUAAAAUUAGGCUAAAAUAGUAAUUAAAAUAAAGUUGUAAAGAAAAUGCAUGAUAAAUGUAAAGAAAAAAAAACAUGCAAUCAUUUAUUUAGUCAUAGUAUUUAUUUAAUUCGGGGAAUAAUGCUUUCAUAUUGCUGAGGUGUUACACUUUUCUCCAGGUAUUUUCUGCUUAUUUAUUUAUUACAACUUUUUAUAUAAAAUGAAAUGAAAAAAAAAAAAACAUUGAAAGAGCUUGAGUAGAGAUAACUGGGCACAAAUGUUGCUAUGGUGCAAACGUGGAGCAGGUUUCUUUACAAGGAGCACACUCAGCGGGGUUUCUCUGAAAACAGUGAAUUGGGGUGCGAGAGAGGAGUGGACUAUCUCCUCUGGUCGUCAUAAAAGCAGUCACACUAUACGCAUGUGAUGCAAAAUUUCUGACCCUGCCAGAACUUCAUUGGAGGCUAAAGAUCAUUUUAAAGGCUAUUAAUCGGUCAUCGGUGAGCAUGCCACACUAAACGUUGUAAGAUUGCCAAUUUUGCCCUAUGAUGACAGAAAUCCUUUAGGAUUCCCGAAAUUUGUCUCAAACAGCAGAAUCGUGGCCAAAAUCGUACAGUGUGCACCGGGCUUAACCCAAACCCCAAUCCUUAACCAAACCAUCAGUGGAGUAAAAAUGUUGUUUAGAGUAAAACUGAAUCGUGCUCAUCAUUGUUUGUGUGAACACGAUAACUUCCUGGUUUCCACAGGACCAGAAACCGUGUCUCUGAGAUUACACCCACAAGGCAUCACAGGGAGAGGUGAACACGGUUUAUUUGAUGAAAAAAUAUCUGAUGGGGAUGGCAUGUGUCAGUUAUCCGGCAGUAUGUGUCGAUUUUAGGGUACAUGAACAUUCAGAAGCAGCAUGUCGAUUUCCUGUGUGAUCAUGUUGGAGCAAAAUACCACUUCUGUUAAUCGGUUAAGUGGGCAUAGUAUUCGGCCGGUCAUUUUACAAUGGCCAAAUAUCGUCUGAUCACUCGAGAGGAUGGACAUAAAUAACUGUACGAUUAUUGUAUGAGGUGUGUGAUCAGCAAGCUGGGCCUUAGCGAUGAGAAAUAUGGGACUAUAAAUAUAAUAUGUGGAUGGGAGCAUUUUUCCACUGACAGCUGGGGCAGGUGGGGAACAAAACUACAUACACUGCCAUAAGGACUGUGCAGUGCAGGCAGAGGUCUGUCUGCUGUUUAAACUGAACCGAAGCAUCUGUCGGUCUCUUGCCCUGACAGCUAGACAUGCUCCUGAGAAUUUGCCAAUUUUAUACAUGAAAUGCACUCCUCCCUUGGUGGAAUCUGCUUGAAGAUGCCUUCAUUUUAAAAACAGCAGAGGAGAUAAAUGUUUAUAUGCUGCCUUCAAUACUGCUGCAGCCGAACACAGGAGAAGUACAGCCCAUUUCAGUUACAACAUCCACUAGGUUGUAUUAAAGGUUAUUGGCACUUGGGUUUUGCCUGUUUCUGUUGUUCUGUCAUGCAUUAAUGGGUUGAUUAGCAGUAGUCAAUGGCAAAAGCAUAAACCCCAACAUCCUAAUUUUUUGGAAAUAUGUUGAACAUAUUGUUACGGUACAAACAAUGAAUGGAACUCUGUGGAACUGUCUAUUACUGAUUGUACUAAAUUAUAUAUUUAUCUAUGUAUGCACUAUAAUCCUGUCUUUUUGAUAAAAACAAAAGAGCUUAAAAAUUUUAAUCUUGGUGACUUUUCUUCUUGUGUUUAUAUUUAGACUAAUUUUCAUGAGUAAGUCACCAGUAUGGUAUUUAUAGGGUAUGAUAUGUACAUCUCUCUUUUAAAUCCACAGAAAAGUUGCAUGUGCCUUUAUUCUCUAGAACUAACAGUUUUAAGUCAAGGUGUAUGAUAUUAUUUUGAGGAUCAAUUGAAAAAGCAUGUUGAAUUGAUCCAUUUACACCAAAAUAAGUUGUUUAGUCUUGUAAAAAGAAAAUGAACAAAGUUCUAUUUGACAUUCAGGGGUUAUUUAAAUGCUUUGAGAAGUUAUUGUAAAGUGGAGUACAGAAAAUACUGAUUUUUACUAAAAGACAAUUUGUCUUUGCUCUUAAAAGUAAUGACCUUCUUAAAAGGAAUCAUUCCUCCCUAACAACUGGAGCUGAGCUGCAUGUCUGUGUGCAUAGGCUUUCUCAGUGAAACCAUUUCCUGGGAGUUCAGAAUUUAUUCUAUUCAGGCUGCUGAAUUGCACAGUAUUUACUAGAAGUCAUAAAACUGCUUGCUGUAGCAAGCGUUAGCAUGGUUUAGAGCAUGUGUUCAGCAGAAGCCCAUCAAACAGCCAGUCCAAUUUAAAGGGAUUGAUCUUCCAGUGUGAAGGGCAGCAACUGAAGAUCACACUAAUGCAACACACUCAUAAUUCAUAGAGUCAGUUCUGAAUUGUGUGAAAUAGAUUUUCCCCAUCUUCAUGAAUUAAAAAUAAUAAUAAUAAUAAUAAUAAAAUA